UAUAAAUAUAUCACCUCCUCUCUGGUUCUGUAAUCUCUCCAUGGCCAUGGCCAAUUAGAAGAAUCCCAAUCUGGUUUCAAUUAAUUAAAAUUUCUCCCCCAUGGCCUCCAAAUCUUCAAAACCCACUAAUAAUUCCCAUGGCCAAUGGAGGAAAAUCUACACCCUCUCCCUCAUCCUCAUUCUCUCCAUCUCCUCUUACUUCCUCGGCCUCCGCCAGCAGCCCUCCGGCGCCGCCGAAUGCACCACUACCAUCCAAACCAAAAACAAAAACACCACCAUCACCGCCGCCGCCGCGCCCGUGAAGUACUUUCCGGCGUGCGGCGUGGAGUACAGCGAGUACACGCCAUGCGAGGACACGCAGAGGUCGCUGAAAUUCACGAGGAACAGACUGAUUUACAGAGAGAGGCACUGCCCGGAAAAGGAAGAGGUUUUGAAGUGCCGGAUUCCUCCGCCGCCGGGGUACCGGAAUCCCUUCGUGUGGCCCCACAGCAGAGAUCUCGCGUGGUACGUCAACGUGCCACAUAAAGAUCUGACGGUGGAGAAGGCUGUGCAGAAUUGGAUCAGAUACGAAGGCGACACCUUCAGAUUCCCCGGCGGAGGGACCAUGUUCCCUGAUGGAGCUGAUGCAUACAUUGACCAUAUUGGCAAGCUCAUUAAUCUCAAAGAUGGCUCCAUCAGAACCGCCAUUGAUACCGGCUGUGGGGUGGGAAGCUGGGGAGCUUAUCUGCUGUCAAGGGACAUUGUAACGAUGUCGUUUGCUCCAAGGGACACCCACGAAGCUCAAGUUCAAUUUGCUUUGGAGAGGGGAGUUCCUGCACUCAUUGGCAUUCUUGCUUCUAAGAGAUUGCCUUAUCCUUCUUCCGCCUUUGACAUGGCUCAUUGCUCUCGCUGCCUCAUUCCCUGGUCCCAAUAUGAUGGGAUUUUCCUCAUAGAAGUUGACCGAGUUCUACGCCCCGGCGGGUACUGGAUCUUGUCGGGCCCUCCGAUCAACUGGAAGAAGCAUUGGAAAGGCUGGGAGAGGACUAAAGAGGACUUGAAAGCUGAGCAGACUGCCAUUGAAAGGGUGGCCAAAAGCCUGUGCUGGACUAAGCUGGUGGAAGAUGGUGACAUUGCCAUUUGGCAGAAGCCCAUCAAUCACUUCAACUGCAAAGCCAACCGCAAGAUAGCAAAGAAUCCACCUUUCUGUGAUGCUCAAGAUCCUGACACAGCUUGGUAUACAGAAAUGCAAGCUUGUUUGACACACUUGCCAGAGGUUUCAAGCAGCAAGGAAAUUGCAGGAGGGAAGUUGGCGAGAUGGCCAGAGAGGCUAAAUGCAAUCCCACAGAGGAUCAGCAGGGGAAAUGUGAAAGGGGUGACACAGGAAACUUUCAUUCAUGAUUCUGAACUAUGGAAGAAGAGGUUGUCAUAUUACAGAACCAUCAACAAUCAGCUGGGUCAGCCCGGCCGCUACCGCAAUUUCUUAGACAUGAAUGCUUUCUUGGGUGGAUUUGCUGCUGCUCUGGUUGAUGAUCCAGUUUGGGUGAUGAAUGUCGUCCCUGUGAAUGUCAAAGUCAAUACGCUCGGAGUCAUAUACGACAGGGGUUUGAUCGGCACGUAUCAAGAUUGGUGUGAGGCAAUGUCUACUUAUCCAAGAACUUAUGACUUCAUUCACGCAGAUUCAGUUUUUAGCCUCUAUGAGAAUAGAUGUGAGAUGGAAGAUAUUCUACUAGAGAUGGACAGAAUUCUGAGGCCAGAAGGAAGCGUAAUCUUCCGAGAAAACAUCGACAUUUUGGCAAAAAUCAAGACGAUAACCGAUAAGUUGAACUGGAGCAGUCAAAUUGUGCAUGGUGAAGAUGGACCUAAUCACAAUGAGAAACUUCUAUUUGCAGUAAAAAACUAUUGGACAGCUCCUGCACUUUCAGAUCAACAGGGAUCUAAAGCAACUUAACCACUGCCUCUCACUUUCCAUUUUUUUUCC